CCACCUACCUUCCUUCUUUGCAUGUGCUGAACAAAAAAGUGAUUAUAAUCGUAAUCACAAUCUGCUUGCUGAGGCUCCUUUGAUUUUCACUCAUUCCAACAACUUCUAAAAUAUCUCCCCAAACAGUGCCCAACCUUUUUCUAUCCCCACCACCCUUAUAUUUACUUUUCGAAUCGAAUAAAUUCAGAUUCCUAUUCUCUCUCUCUCUCUCUCUCUCUCUCGCGUUUUUUUCUUCUGCAUGAAUGAAUAUUAAUUAAUUAAAUCUUUUCUACCUAUUUUCAACUCUCAAUUUUUAAUCUAUAAUAAGACACGAUCUGUUAUAUAGUUUAUAUAUUUCUAUAUAAAAUCAAAUCAAAUAUACAAUAUAAAAUAAUAAAAUAAUAUAAAUAUAACAGAUCGUUUUUGGAGUAGACUGAGUAAAGAAACGUCGUUACUUUUUCUUCUUCCUCUCCGAUGGCGAUUUCCGACGAGCCUCAACCUGUACGCAACAGCUCAAUUCUCAACCAGACUUCUGUUUUGCGCCGCAGACCGAGUGCCACCUCAGUCAACGGCUUGUUCGAUUCCUCUGCUACGGUCGACGGUGAGAGUUCCGGUGAAGAGUUAGUGAAGGAUUCUAGCUCCGAUGAAUCUGUCAGUGGUGACCAAAACAUCGCCGCCAAUACAGAACAGAACAGAGUGAAUGAUAUUUCAACAAUCAAAUUCGCUUACCGUCCUUCUGUUCCUGCUCAUCGCAGAAUCAAGGAAAGUCCACUCAGCUCCGAUAACAUUUUCCGUCAGUUGCAGAGUCAUGCUGGUCUGUUCAACCUCUGCAUAGUUGUCCUUGUUGCAGUCAAUAGCAGACUUAUCAUUGAGAAUUUAAUGAAGUAUGGUUGGUUGAUUAAGACUGGUUUUUGGUUUAGUUCAAAAUCAUUAAGAGAUUGGCCCCUCUUCAUGUGUUGUCUUAGUCUUGCAAUAUUUCCUUUGGCGGCUUUCGUAGUGGAAAAGUUGGCACAACAAAAGCGUAUUUCUGAACCAAUUGUUGUUCUACUUCAUAUAAUCAUUACAACAACUGCUAUUCUCUAUCCCAUUUUUGUAAUCCUCAGGUCUGAUUCUGCUUUUGUGUCAGGCGUCACAUUGAUGCUACUUGCUUGCAUUGUAUGGUUAAAACUGAUUUCUUAUGCACAUACGAACUAUGAUUUGAGAGCACUUACCAAUUCAAUUGAAAAGGGAGAAGUGCUUCCCAAUAAUAUGGACUAUCCAUACGAUGUGAGCUUCAAAAGCAUGACUUACUUUAUGGUUGCGCCUACAUUAUGUUACCAGCCAAGAUAUCCUCGCACCCCUUUUAUACGAAAGGGUUGGGUGUUUCGUCAACUUGUCAAGCUGAUAAUAUUUACUGGAGUUAUGGGAUUUAUAAUAGAACAAUAUAUUAAUCCUAUUGUACAAAAUUCCCAGCAUCCUUUUAAGGGAGACCUCCUAUAUGCCAUCGAAAGAGUUUUGAAGCUGUCUGUUCCAAAUCUAUAUGUGUGGCUCUGCAUGUUCUACUGCUUUUUCCACCUUUGGUUGAAUAUACUGGCAGAGCUUCUUCGAUUUGGUGAUCGUGAAUUUUACAAGGAUUGGUGGAAUGCCAGAACUGUUGAAGAGUAUUGGAGGAUGUGGAAUAUGCCUGUUCACACAUGGAUGAUCCGUCACCUGUAUUUUCCAUGUUUAAGGAGUGGUAUACCCAAGGGCGCUGCUGUUUUAAUUGCCUUCCUGGUUUCUGCUUUGUUCCAUGAGUUGUGCAUCGCCGUUCCUUGCCACAUAUUCAAGUUGUGGGCUUUUAGUGGAAUUAUGUUUCAGGUUCCUUUGGUUUUGAUAACUAAUUAUCUACAGAAUAAAUUCAGCAACUUAAUGGUUGGAAAUAUGUUUUUUUGGUUCACAUUCUGUAUUCUUGGUCAACCUAUGUGCGUACUACUAUACUACCACGAUUUGAUGAAUAGGGAAAACAAACUCGACCAAAGCUAACAAACAUUACAUCAUUAUCUGUGCAAUACAUCUUGAUCCAUAUAUUAUAGUAUUCAAAAAAAAUCUUGAUCCAUAUACUUAAUAACUCAACUCCUCUGGCAAUUCUGUCGUCAAUAUGUAAAUUUUGAAAAUUUUGAGGCAAUGGACUGGCAUUGAUAACUGCCAAGGAACAGUAGAACUAGUCUCAGUUAGAUGUUGAUUAGAAGGAUCGAUGUAAAUGGUUUGUGUACAAAAUAUUUAUUCCUUAAUUUUGAAGUUCCACGAAUGAUGUUUCUUAACAUGUGAAAUAUUUAAUGUCAAGUAUUUUUUUUUCUCCUUGAGGUA